UAAUUUUUUUAAUUCAUAUUUUACAUAAGUAAUAGUCUAAUAGCUAUGUGUUAGCAAGAGUUAUUGAACACAAAGUAAGUUUUAUUAGUAAAUAAGAAGCUCUCAACGUUCAAUGAGUCCAACAACAAGUGGAGGGUCGAGUCGGAUAACAAGGUGACCGGAGAAACCGAGGUGUAUUGGUUGGAGUUUCUUGAGGUUACGACUAGGGAGAAUGGAGAUGGGAAUUUUCCGAUGGUGAACGGGAUUGAUACUUUCCCGGCCGGACAGAUUGUGCACUCGAGUGCGUACAAGUCCCGUCAUGAUUUCAAAGGAUAUGAUCUUGUGGUCGGAGGUGGAAACUCCGGUAUGGAGAUUAGUUUUGAACUUUUGAUCUUUGCAACUUCGGAGCUAACACGACUGUUCUCAUUAGAACUGGGUUUCGUCAGGAGGCGCCAUGAAACGCGAGGACGAGGAUGAGAAAGAGACAAAACCAAGUGAGUUGCUAGAUUCGCUUCCUAUUGAACUAAAGAUGGAUAUACUAACUAGAUUGCCUGCCAAGUCUCUUAUGAAGUUCCGAUACGUGUCAAAGAUGUGGUCUUCCUUCAUCCGUAGCCAAGAGUUAAUUAACUCUUUCUCCUCUAAGUCCUCAACGCAAACCCGGUUUAUACUCGCUUUGAGUAAUGAUGGAAACUUCUCUGAGCCUGAGGGGAACCUUUCCUUCUACUUCUCAUUCUCAGACGAUGCAGAGGAGUCUUCUUGUUUGGUACCCAACUUGGAGAUGGCAAUGCCAGUGAUUUCUAAUCACAUCUCAGGGUCUUGCACUUCUGUCCAUGGAAUUCUCGCUGUUAUACAUAGUUUUCAGCUCAUUUUAUGUAACCCUAGCACAGAGCAAGUCAUUAAGUUAACCCCUGGCUAUGCCGGUUUUGUGGGAUACGAUCCCAUUAAUGAUCAACACAAAGUAUUAUCCUUGCUAAAUCAAUUUAGUGAUGAUCCUGUAGAGCACAAGGUGUUAACACUUGGAGUAGGUGGAGGAUGGAGACGAAUUCAAGGUCUCAAUCAGUUUUAUACUGCAGUGUCAAUGGGAGUAUGCAUUAAUGGGUUUGUGUUCUAUGGUGCUUAUAGCCCAACCCCACCUUCGAAUCCAGGUAUUGUGUGUUUUGAUGUUAGAUUUGAGAGGCUAAGCUAUAUCAAAGCACCUGAGAUUCUUGUUCACUAUGGGAAUGCAUCAAUAUUUAUUGAAUACAAAGGGAAGCUAGCAUCCAUUGUGAGAGACCCUUUUGGUUAUUUCAACGAGUUUGAUUUAUGGAUACUAGAGGACGUUGAAAGACAUAACUGGUCAAAGCAAACAUGUGUGUUUCCUUUCUCUGUGUGGGAUUCUUUAGGGGUUAUGAAGAUGUGUAUUCCAGGUACCAACAAGGCUGAUGAGAUCAUUAUGGCACCAAAGUCACUGUCACACAAAGUUCAACCCUUUUACAUUUUCUACUACAAUGUUGAAACAAGAAACAUCAGAAGAGUUAGGCUCCUAGGAAUUGGAGACAAUGAAGAGUUUCGGACUUGCUAUGAACUCAAUUAUCGAUCUAAUGUCAAUAUUGCAACUCAUCACUUCGAGAGUAUUGCCUUUUUACAAGGAUCCUCCUAUCAUAUGAGAGAAUCGAAAACUCUUUUGGUUUUCUUUUAUAUUCAACAAACAAGCUACUUUUGUUAUUCUAUGACUUUUUGCUUAUACUGUAUGUGUUUUGUUUUGUUUAUAAGCUAA